GUAUGUUUCUCAAACUGUUAAGAUCAACGCGCUAUUUCAAACUUGUGAUAUGUAUGUAGUGUAAUCUGCAAACUUUAUAGUUGACGUUUUAUAACGAAUAAGCAUUCAUGUUACGUCGGUAUACAUCAUGGAUUCUAAUAGCCCUUUAAUAUUUGUAAUGAGCGUUUGAUACAAUUUAUGUAAUUAAAAUCAAGAAAGCAUAUUAGAAUCAGCAAAAAAUAAACGAAUAAUGGAAUAUAAUACCAUAGUUUUGUGCAAUAUUGAUAGUUUGGCAUUAAAUUUUGAGAAAUAUAGCCAAAUUUUUUAAUGAACGCAAGAAAUUAGAACAGUAGCAAAACAAAGAAAUAUGAAUUAUAUACGUAUUAUAACUAUGCGAUAGUAUUUAUGUUAUACACGAAUGUAUAAAGUGUAAAUAACUUUUUACCAUCAUGAAAUUCAACGAAAAAGAGCUUGCCGAAGCAAGUAAUGGCCCCGCUGACAUUGAAGGCCGUUUAAAUCAUAAACGAGCACAUAAAUCAGGAUUCAAAGAAAAGUGGUUUAAAUUAAGAUGCAAUUUAUUGUUUUAUUUUAACAUUAACGAAUUAGGACAGAUUGACACUAGGCAACCAGCAGGUGUAAUUAUUUUGGAAAAUUAUAGUAUUAACCUUGAUGCUGCAUCAGAAGGUGUAUUCGCAUUUAGCAUAGCAUUUAGAGACGAAUAUGAAAAGAGACAUGUCCUAAGUGGUCGUUCAGAAUCACAAGUAGAACAAUGGGUCAAUGCACUUAAACAAGCAAGUUACGAAUAUUGGAGAUUCCGUUUAAUAGUGCUUCAAGAACAACUAUGUAAGAAAACAGGAAAAGAUCCAUUGCUUAUGUAUCCACGGAAUCAAGGAAUUAUCAGGGAUGAAGCAUGGGAACCUGCAUCAACUUUCCGAUCUCAUGUACGCUCUUUUACUACGUCAGUUGUAACAUCAACUGCGAUAAAUACAGUAACGAAAGAAAUGAAUUUGAUUGAAUUUUAAAUUAGUUAAUUCAAUUACAGUUGUUUUACAUUAUUCUCUGAAAUCUGAGGAUUGUUUAAAUAUAUAAAAGUUCAGUAGUGCAAUUAAA